AUGUCUGACGCUGAAAUCCGACGACUGCAGCAGGAGCGCGCCUCCACCAGGGCCAAUCCGACCAAGCAGUCGCUGACUGACAAUGCCGAUACUGAUCUCUACGGAAAUGGAACUGUCGACAAAUAUGCCGGAUACAACACGUCGAUCGCCGUCAACGAGGACGACGACAUGGACGAUGCUGAUGGCGAAGACCAGAGCAGGAGACUGGUCGGCCAGUACACCGCCACUACCGAGCAAAUGAACGAAUACGCCCAUGGAGAGGCCGACAUCCUCGUCGAUCGCGAGAAGCAGGCCCAGAUCGCCAGUCGCGAGUCGGACUACCAGAAGCGUCGCUUCAACCGUCAACUCAGCCCCGAUGGUCAGGNNGGCUACAAGGAGGUUAUGAAGCAACGUGAGAUCGAGCGCGAGGAAGAGCGGGUACACAAGCUUAUCGAAGAGAAGCAGGCCAAGGGAGAGGAUGGCAUGGAUGGUGUGAUCGAACACCAGCCUACGCUCAAGGCUGACGAGGAUUCAAGCGAAGUUGCUGCUCCUCGUAAGCGAAAGCAACGAUGGGACAGCUCGUCUGAGGAUGCCGCUGCGAAGGACGCCGUCGUUAAGACCGAAGACGCUCCCGAGACCAAGCGUUCUCGCUGGGACUCUACACCUGCUCCCGCAGCUCAGGCUGAGCCAAGAAAGCGCUCUCGUUUUGAUAUGGCACCUUCCUUGACCGCUGCAACCCCUGUUGGUGGAAAUGCAGGACUCGCCACUCCUAUGCACCCCUCCCAGACACCUGCCGUCGGAGCUGGCUAUGGUUCCGACAUUUCUGCUAGAAACGCUCCUCUAUCCGAUGAAGAGCUCGAUAUGAUGCUUCCUGGUGAAAAGGAAGGUUACCGCGUCCUGCCAUUCCCUCCUGGAUACGAGCCUACACGAGUACCCGCACACAGAGUUCCUAGCACCCCUGCUUCGCUACAAGGCGGCUUCAUGAUGCAGCAACCGGUAGACCCACGAUCGCUUGGUAAGGACCUUCCAAGCGAGCUGCCAGGAGUAGGCGAACUUCGUCUGAAGCCAGAAGAUAUGGCGUACUUCGGAAAACUUGUGGACGGCGCUGAUGAGAAUGAGAUGAGUGUCGAUGAACUCAAGGAGCGCAAGAUCAUGCGUCUGCUUAUCAAGGUCAAGAACGGAACUCCACCUAUGCGUAAAACUGCGCUUCGUCAACUUACUGACAAUGCUCGCUCGUUCGGUGCCGGUCCUCUCUUCGAUCAAAUCCUUCCUCUGCUCAUGGAGAAGACACUUGAAGACCAAGAACGUCAUUUGCUCGUCAAGGUCAUUGACCGUAUCCUAUACAAGCUUGAUGAUUUGGUCAGACCUUACACUCACAAGAUUUUGGUCGUUAUCGAGCCAUUGCUGAUUGAUCAAGAUUACUAUGCUCGUGUCGAAGGUCGCGAAAUCAUCUCCAACCUGGCUAAAGCUGCUGGCCUUGCACACAUGAUUUCGACCAUGCGUCCUGAUAUUGAUCAUGCAGAUGAGUACGUCAGAAACACUACUGCUCGUGCUUUCGCUGUCGUUGCCAGCGCUCUCGGCAUUCCUGCACUUCUUCCUUUCUUGCGCGCUGUGUGCAAGAGUAAGAAGUCAUGGCAAGCAAGACACACUGGUGUCAAGAUUGUGCAACAAAUCCCUAUCCUCAUGGGUUGUGCUGUUCUACCCCAUCUCAAAGGCCUCGUUGACUGCAUAGGAGACAACCUCAAUGAUGAGCAGACAAAGGUCCGUACUGUUACGGCAUUGGCUAUCGCAGCUCUUGCCGAGGCUGCCAACCCUUACGGUAUUGAGAGUUUCGACGACAUCCUCAACCCUCUCUGGACCGGAGCUCGCAAGCAGCGUGGUAAGGGUCUUGCUGGUUUCCUCAAGGCCGUUGGUUACGUUGUUCCUCUGAUGGACGAAGAAUUCGCCAACUACUAUGUCAGUCAGAUCAUGGAGAUUCUGCUUCGUGAAUUCUCGUCACCUGAUGAGGAGAUGAAGAAGGUUGUCUUGAAGGUUCUGUCACAAUGCGCCAACACCAACGGUGUCACUGCUGCUUAUCUGAAAGAGACUGUGCUUGACGAUUUCUUCAAGAGCUUCUGGGUACGAAGGAUGGCAUUGGAUCGACGAAACUACGUCCAGGUUGUCGAGACCACAGGGGACCUUGGUCGAAAGGUUGGCUGUGGUGAGAUUGUUGAGAGGGUCGUUGACAACCUCAAAGACGAGAGUGAAGCAUACCGAAAGAUGACAAUGGAGACCAUCGAGAAGUCCAUUGCCAGCNUUGGUGCUGCAGACAUCAACGAACGUCUCGAAGAGCGCUUGGUUGAUGGUAUCUUGACCGCCUUCCAAGAACAAACAGUAGAGGACAUCACCAUUCUGAAUGGUUUCGGAACAGUGGUUAACGCCCUCGACACUCGAUGCACACCAUAUCUCCCUCAAAUCGCCAGUACUAUCCUCUUCCGUCUAAGCAACAAGUCGGCCACUGUUCGACAGCAAGCUGCAGAUUUGGUAUCACGAAUUGCUAUCGUCAUGAAGCACUGCGGACAGGAAAAUCUUCUGGGCACGAUCAGUAUCAACCUGUACGAGAAUUUGGGUGAAGAGUAUCCCGAAGUUCUUGGUUCAGUACUUGGUGCACUGCGCUCAAUUGUCACUGUCAUUGGUAUCAAUCAAGUACAGCCACCCAUUAAGGACCUGCUGCCACGCCUGACACCCAUUCUUCGUAACCGUCACGAGAAGGUACAAGAAAACACAAUCGACUUGGUUGGCCGUAUCGCAGACCGCGGUCCAGAAAGUGUCAACCCUCGUGAAUGGAUGCGUAUCUGUUUCGAACUCCUCGACAUGCUCAAGGCGCACAAGAAGGGUAUCCGACGAGCAGCCAACAACACAUUCGGCUUCAUCGCCAAGGCUAUCGGUCCACAAGAUGUUCUGGCAACGCUAUUGAACAACUUGCGCGUCCAGGAGCGUCAAUCGCGUGUCUGUACCGCCGUUGCUAUUGGCAUCGUUGCGGAAACUUGCGCGCCUUUCACAGUUCUGCCGGCAUUGAUGAAUGAAUACCGUGUGCCCGAACUCAACGUGCAGAACGGUGUGCUGAAGUCACUGUCCUUCCUCUUCGAGUACAUUGGUGAGAUGGCUAAGGAUUACGUCUAUGCUGUGACACCACUUCUGGAGGACGCACUGAUCGACCGCGACCAAGUACAUCGUCAAACAGCGGCCUCGGUCGUCAAGCACGUAGCCCUGGGAGUUGUUGGUCUUGGUUGCGAAGACGCCAUGCUUCACUUGCUCAACCUCCUCUACCCAAACAUCUUCGAGACCUCGCCUCACGUCAUCGACCGCAUGAUCGAAGCUAUUGAUGCCGUGCGUGUCGCCGUCGGUACUGGUGUUGUGAUGAACUAUGUCUGGGCUGGUCUCUUCCACCCUGCACGUAAAGUUAGAACGCCAUAUUGGCGACUCUACAACGAUGCCUAUGUUCACGCUGCGGAUGCUAUGGUGCCUUACUACCCCAAUCUCGACGACGAGACUUGCGAUAGAUUUGAGUUAAUGGCAAUCUUCUAA